AGAAAAUUUUUAAACUCAGCUGCGUUGAUUCUGCAAAUUAAUCAUUCUCCCCAUGACUACCAACCAGUAAUGCACAAACUCGGUCUUGUCUCUUUAGCUGAUGGAAGAGUUGAAGCUAACUUGCUCUUUUUACGCAAAUUGAUUGAUGGAUGUAUUGACACUCCUUCCAUACUCUCUCAAGUUAGUUUUAAAGUACCUUCCCGUCCCACUAGGUUAUCUGCUUCCUUCGCUAUUGCAGCUCAUAAUAGUAAUUAUGACAGAAACCAGCAAAUUGAUAGGAUGAUGCACCUUGGCAAUGAGCAUCCUCACUUGUUUAAUAUAUAUUAA